AUGCUUACUGGAUCUCGAGAAGAGGAGGAGCCAAAGAGUACUCGCUGCUGCGAGUUUGACUUCUCAACUGAGAGGUUUCAGAAUCACUACCUUCCCUUCCACGAAGCAGAAUGUUUGGGUCCUUUUGUUCUCAAAGAAGCUUUGAACAAUCUGGCUCUCUCGGUUGUGAAGGAAGACCGUCUCUGUUUGUUCUAUGAGAGUGCAACGAAAUCAAAGACGGAGAUAUGGAUGAGUAGUGAGAUUGGUGAGACCGCGUCUGUGUCUUGGUUCAAGUACUUAGCAGAGGAUGCGUCACGUUUUUCACGAGGCACGUGA